AUUCGCGCUUUCAUUUCAUGCCUGCUACAUUAAAAGGACUUCCGAUUGAUCGUAAAAUCAAGAUGGCGUCCUCCAAGAAGAAACGUGUUAAUGAGAGUCUGGCAGCUCGUGAUGAAGAUGUGGAGGCUGGAGAAGAUGAAGUAGACGAUGACGACCUAGAAUCUGAUGAAGAGGAUGAUGAAUUUAUAGAUCAAGAGGUUCAAGUGGAGUUUGAGGCUCGGAUGCCAAUUGAUUCAGAUUUUCAUGGCAUAAAAACUUUACUCCAACAGUUGUUCCUCAAAGCCAACAUCAACCUCUCUGAGUUGACUGACACAAUCAUCGGCCAGAACUAUGUUGGCAGUGUCAUCAAGCAGUGCGAUGCCCCGGAGGAAGAGGAUGAAGAAGAGGACGAUGAUGAUCCUGUCUUUGGUAUAUUCACUGUCGUCAACCUCACAGACAAGAAGGACCGGGAGAGUAUCCAACAGAUCACAGGCAUGUUGUCGGAAAAGUGUCAGACAGCAGGUCAGGUAGACAUGUCCAAGUUCUCCCUUCUACUGAACGAUCCAGACAGCCAUCUUGGAUUGCUUAUAAGUGAGCGUUUCAUCAACAUACCUCCACAGAUUGCUGUACCAUCAUUCGAGUCCCUCAAGAAGGACCUCCAGAAAGCCAUUAACAAGAAGAUGAACUUCAAAUUUGCCAACUUCCUGAUGAUCAGCAAGACAUAUCAGAUGAAAGUUCCAGGACAGAAAUCUGGUGCCAGUGAUGAACUGCUCUUCAGCAACUCCGAGGAAGAGCUUAUAUAUGAGGUUUGCGACUCACAUUUCACAUACUCCGUGGCCAGUGAGCGGGACUCGGUAGUCAGCGGACAGUGGGACGAAGAGGAUGAUAUGGAGGCUCUACGUACAGUAAUGACUUUCUCAGCAGAUAAACUCGACCUGAUAAUCGACAGACUAAAGACAGAGUUGUCAAACACUUGAAUAAACUCUUGAAAUGUGA